AUUAGCUAUGGAGAAGAGAGUAUCUCCAUUCUUUGAAUUACAGUGAACAUAUAAAUUUUAUUAUUUUAUACUUAGACUAGGAAAGGAGUCAGAUGUCAGAGGUUUGCCCUUAACUUCUGUCUGCCCCAGCUUUUCCAGCUGUACAGGGACUAUGCUAUGCCUCACUCCAGAAAGUGCAAAUAGGAGACACCCUUGAGCUGUUUAGUAGCAGAUUAAUAGCAUUCUUUAGUUGGCUAUCUGUUUUUUCACUUCUCAUCACAACAAUAUAUGAUUCCCAAAAGUUCUAAAAUCCAAGGAGUGGGUGGUAUUUCAAACUCAAAAACCCCCCAAAAAACUAAAUGCAGGAAAGGGAUUUUCUUCAGUACAUUUGCAUGCGGUACACUAGAGGGCCCUCAGGAGUUAGAAAUAGAUGGAAUGCACUUUUGAAAGGCACAUACUUCACAGGACUUUUCAUUACAGAAUUUAAAAUAGAAGUUGCUGUCGUUUUGUGUGUGGGGUUGUUUGGUUUGGGUUUUUUUUAUAACCUGAAGUUCAUUUAAGUUUAUAGCAGUUCAUAUGCAAGCACCUCUCAGUAAAGUUAGCUUCUCAACAGUUCUUAGCUUGCAAUGAAAUACCUAAAUGUGAACCAUACUUAAAAGUGAAAUAGAAAUGUUCUAGAUGCCAGGUUUUACUCAGUUACUUUUAUUAACCUAAGAAGUUUGCCAGAACAAAGGAUGUGUCAAGCUGAAUAGUUUGCAAAGAAGAUACAUAGAUCUUUUAGACUACAAGUCAGUAAACUUUGCUUACGCAGCUGGCUCCAUUCAUUCUCUGAAGCCAAUCACUUCCCCUGUGGUGGCUGAUAAGAAUUUAAUAGUUUGAGAAGGUGGAGUGUCAGCAUCCUUAGUGCUGACCACUUUCCCAGGCAUAUCAGUAGCCUCUGUCCAUCACCCAUGCUGGAAACUUCUUGGAAAAGGAGAAAUAGAAAUUGGGGAAGGGAAAUCAUGCAUCAUCAUCCUGGCUGGAAUGUACAGAAGACUUUAUGCUGUUUUCAUCAUGUGGAUUCACUAGAGAAAUGACCCCUUUUGAUCAGCCAAGUAAAUUCAAAAACUUGUUUGUUUGCUGCCUGUGGCCCUCACGGGCGCUGAGGCUCUGGUCUUGCAGGCGCCCAAGGACAAGAAGGAAUCUGCUCGUGGGCACUGCCUGUGUGAUCUACCUGGGAUUCCUUGUCAGCCAAGUGGGUCAUGUUUUACCGCAGCACAAAGGAGGACAUCAAAAGAUCAGUUCCAGGAGUCUCCAAGAUGCAGCUCAAACUCCUUUUCUGGGCAUCCCACUGGAUGGCACCCUGUCACCACCCAAUUUGCAGGAACCCCAGCUUGGUAACAAUGGGAUCUUGCUGCCACCCAAUGUAGUUUAUAUCACCCUGCGGUCCAAGCGCAGCAAGCCUGCCAACAUCAGAGGCACAGUGAAGCCAAAGCGCAGGAAGAAAAAUGCAAUCCCUUUGUCCUAUGGGCAGCACUUUCCAAAAGCCACUUCUAUGGGCUGGGAAGAGGCCUUUGCCCAGCAGCCAGGGCGGGCCACACAUGCUACAGGCACAAUGGGAGCAGCGAUCGCUCUGGAGACAAGAAAGUACCAACUGGAUGAACGCAGGCAUAAAGCAAUGGGUGUCAGGGAGAGAGGUCACCAGAGACCUGGGAAGAUUUCUGGAGCUGUAAAGGCACAGCUCCAACCUGUGGAAAGCAAUAUCAGGAUUUACAGCGAGAGCCCUCCCUCAUGGAUGAGCAAAGAUGACAUCCUAAACAUGCGCAUGCUGGCAGACUCUCCCAUAGAGAGCAUUCAACAAGUAUCUUCACACAAAGCAGUCCUGGUAGUAUUUGCAGGAGGUCCCAGCACUACGGGAACUGCUUGUAAUCAAGGACACUGUGGAAUUGUCAAAAGACCUCUCGACAUGAGUGAGGUGUUUGCCUUUCAUUUGGACAGGAUCUUGGGGCUAAACAGGAGCUUACCUUCUGUAAGCAGGAGAUCAGAGUUCUUCCAAGGUGGUCAGGCCUGUCCUGUUAUUCUCUGGGAUUCCUCACUGAGUCCAACAGAUAAUAGUACCCAUUCUUCAGUGAGGUUAACAUGGGGACAAUAUCAGCAGCUAUUGAAGAAGAAAUGCUGGCAGAAUGGUAAAGUUCCCAAAGCUGAAUGGGGCUGUACUGAAAUCCAUCAUCAUGAGUGGUCCAAGAUGGCACUCUUUGAUUUUCUCUUGCAGAUCUAUAAUCGACUAGACAGAAAUUGUUGUGGAUUCAGACCUCUCAAGGAGGAUUUCUGCAUGCAGCAAGGACUGAAGCUGAAAUGCAAUGAUCAGGAUGCUGUUGACCUAACACACAUUGUUCAGAGAAGGCAUGACCAAAGGCACUUGGCCUUUAUAGACAAUAAGGGCUUCUUUGACAGAAAUGAGGACAAUCUUGACUUCAAAAUACUACAAGGAAUCAAUGAAUUCCCUGCAUCUGCAGUUUCGGUUCUGAGGAGCCAGCGUUUACGUGAGAAGUUGCUCCAGUCUUUGUUCCUUGACAAAAUAUACUGGGAGAGCCAAGGAGGAAGAAAAGGAAUUGAAAAGCUUAUUGAUGUAAUAGAAAGGAGGUCCAAAAUUCUUCUUACUUAUAUAAAUGCACAUGGAGCCAAAGUAUUGCCCAUGAAUGAAUGAAACAGUCUUGUUUCUAUCUGAAAGAAAGUCUUUAAAAAAUGUUUUAUGGGGCAGAAACUGAUGGUAAAAUUGAUUUAAUUCAUAGCAUUAUUUUUUUUUCAAACUUUAAAAGUUUACUUCUAAAUAAGAAAUCUUAUGUGGUUUAGAGCAACAUCUAAAUGUCAGCUGGAGCUCAGCACGAUGUAAUCUCUUCUAUGUCACCAGUGAAAUAAACCAAAUGAUAAUAUGCAGUAAUAUGUAGGUACUAUGAGCACUCUUUCUGUUAAACUGUUUGGAAAUUAACAACAAGAUUUUCAGUACAUUAGGCUGAAUUGCUCUUACUUCCCUCACUGAAGUCAGUAGAAGAUUUUAUUGCAAUUUUGAAUGGGAAAAGAGAUGUGUAAGCACUUGAUACAUUGAUGACUCUUGCUGAAGCAUUUAUAGUACAGGAAUUUGUUCUUUUAUUAGGCAUACUAAAAUACCAACAUUUCCAAGGGCUUCUUUUACUUUAUUUUGAUAUUUUGAAAUCUGAGAACUAAAUUCAGUUCUUUUAAAUGCAGGACAUGAGGGAAUUUUAAAAACAGAGUGAGGAGAACAUGGCUUUAACAAUAAUAAUAAUUAUAAUAAAUACAGUUUUUACUUGUCCAGUAUGGAGUACAAUUCGUCAUGAGUCACUCAUUGCAAAGUAUUUUUUUCAAGUUGUUCAGAUGUGUGGGUAGAUGAUCUGAUAUUUUCUAUCUAUUGAUUAGCUGGGUAUUUAAAAAAAAUAGCUUUAGCUUUGUGUGAAUAUGCUGCUAAAUAAAUACAGAUUUAGUUUUUUGCAAAAUUCUUAAUAGUAUUUUUGAGAAAAUGAUCAAAAAGCAGAUGUCCUAACAAGAGUGCUGUUAAACCCAGCAAAAGAAAUGUUUAUUCUGUGGGCUCAGCUGGAGCCAGCAAUUCAAGCUUGGGUUUCCACUGAAGAUUGACCACUGUGGGGUGAUGAUUGUAACUGAGAACUUGCCCCAAGUGUUCCCACAGGUAUGGCUGUUCAGGAAGAUCGGAUGAGCACUUCAGAUUUUUACCCUUGAAAUGCUCCAGAAAGAAAAUAUCAAUUGACACAGCCUAUCAUCACAUACACCUUCUACCUGAUUAUUUAGAAAAACUCUUACCAUCUUUCUAGAGAAAUAUAAUCUCUUUGCCAUGAGGUAAUGGUAGAAUUUGGAUACUUACAUAGCUAUUCUUAUUUUUAUGUAUCAUAAAAAUAUAUGGGCUGUGAAAGAAUUUCAAAAGUGCUUGUGUAAUGUUAUUAAUGACAAACUAAAAUGUCUCAUGUCACUGUUAAUGUGGAUGGGUGAAUUUAAUGUUUUAAAUUACUACAAUUCUACUGCAGCUAAAAUCAGUUUUCUUUCUUAAUAUCAGAAAACCCAUUAACAAUAAUUGCAUUACUAGAAGAAAUAGAUCUAGUUGUAGGCAGAGUUAAAAAGACUUAGUAAAAUUUUAAGACCUUAGCCAGCUAAAUAAUCUGUCAUUUUAUUUUGUCAGCAAAGGACAGAGUAAUUUGUUAAAACUUUCUAGAACUUAACUACUGCCUCAAGAGGAUGUGUUUUAGAGUGCCUUGGACUUUUUAACACCAAGGUAGAAUUUUACAGGAUUUUCAAUGUAUCCCUUUUUUAAAAGUUUUGUAACUUAUUAGCCAGAUAAUUUGCAUCACAGAAACAAAAUUAUUACUUUGGCUUGCACUGUGAACAGAGUCUAGAGAAAGAAAUAGCCAUCAUUCCAUUUCACAUGGAAUUCCUGUUGCAGUGAUGGCCAUCAGAAUCAGUUUGUCUCAUUUUCUAGUCUGUCUCACAGGUUUCUUCCUGCUAGAUACCUGUUCAAAUGGAUUAUCCCUCACUGCUAGGGGUGAGAGAAAGGCACGACUCUCAGCUGCACUGAGCUUAGGAGAGGGCCCAGCAGAGUUGUUGAAUGUAGCUGAGUAUGACAAGGUCCCAUGAGAACUGUCUUCUGUCUUAACACUGCGCAUCCUGAUGCUGAGUCACUGCCUCACUUUGCCCAGUUGUAAUUUUUUUCCAGAAUUGGCUCAUUGCUGAAGAAAAGUAAAUCUGUUAUUUUUCCAGGCUGAAUAAUUUAUUUUUUAUGGUGAUACCUUGAUGCAUUCUCCAUUUCUUCUGGACAUGGACUAGUGUUUCCUUGAGCAUGACACAUGCUUUUUUAUUUGCCUGGCAGUUCAGUGCCAGCUCUUAAAGCAGAAAUGUAAUUGCAUAUGAAAUUGCCUUGAAGCUGACCUGAACCAAUGCUUUUCAGUAGUCCUGGAUUCAAGAGACCUGAGUAGCCACAGUGCUGUGCAGUACUUAAAAACCUGACCAAGCAUGAAAAGCAUGACUGUAAAAAAGAAAAUUUCUGGAGAUUUCAGAGGGCAAAGAAAUACUCCCCAUGCUGUGUUAGCAUGCUAUAUUUCAUAUACGAACACUCUUGUAGUCUUCAGGUAAGCCAGGAGAAUCUGUGAGAUUGGACAGUGAUACAGGAUUGCAUAUUGCUUCUAGUUCUCUCAUCUUGAUAACAAACUCCAGAAAGUGCUUUUUCCCUAUGAUAUUUAUGCUGCUGUGGAGUUUGGUAUGGAAUCCAGUAUUGUUAAUAAUGCAAAAUAUGAUUGCAGUAGCUCUGGUGAAUGCAUACUAGCCAAGUUCUAGCAUUUUAAGAAAUGAAACUGAAGAAUUCUGUAUUUUUUUGAAUGCAUUUGCAUUUGCUUAUAGUAAAAAUUACAAAAGGAACACUUUAUUUAUUCUCUACUACUACAUUUAAGAUACCUGCUUCAGUAACAGGGGUAAAGUUUAUUUGGAAAUUGGUUCACAUCCUUUGGAAGUAGCAUGACUUUGGACUGACAGGAACUGCACUGUAGCUAAAGUAAUAUUAACUGAGAGGAAAAAUCCUGAAGAAGCCUCAUUCAACCUAUGGUGAUUGAUAGAAAGCCAAGAAACUGCUUUAGUCCUCUUUGCUGGGUUGUCUUCCAUUUCUGGGCAUAUGGAAUCAGACAAAGAUUUGUGUUGCACAUUACGUGGAAGGGUGUUACCAACAGCAACAGUGCAAAACCUGUGGGUGGGAAAAGGCGAUUAUGUCAUUCUUGAAUCUGCCUGAAAGCCAGAACCACAUGAAAUGGAAUUACUAAGAAAGUCAAAAGAGUUUGCUUUCAAAAGAGUUGGAGAUUUCAUAACACUGGUAGACAGAGCUUAAAAUAAGUAGCACAGGCACAGAUGCCUUAAAAUUCCUUGAGAGUCUGCCAGCAAGUUAAUAGUCUUAAAUGUUUCAGAAGCUGAGGACAUGAAAACUGUGGAGCACUGUGAGAUCAGUUUCCUUCUUUUCUUGUGCAAGUAUUCUACAAUACACCAUAUUAAAAUAAAUAAAUAAAAACCAUAACAAUUUCAUGGUUUCAAACUUACAAAUGCAGAUUCAGGGUACAUUAAGGGACAAGGUUCCCACAGCAAAUCGGGGAACACUUUCAUGCAUGUGUGUGUAUGCAGACACAAAAAUACAUGUAUAUGUAUUUAUACUUUGACUUGUUUCUAUAAAGUGGUCAAUUUGGCUAGUAAAGAGUGAGCUGUUUAUAUAAUUUACUGUUUACAUGUAGAAUUGUAUUUGUGAGCCUAAGUCCAAUUUCGGGUAUACACAAGUUGAAGUUUAAUUAAAACAUUUUAACAGAUGAAACUUUUUGUCUCAAAGGAUUAACUCUUCUUUUGCUAAUCCAUUUAUAUAAUCUUAAAAGUUUUUUACUGACAAUUGUAGAGCAAAACAGCAAUAUGUUUGUAUCUGUGCUAAACAUCUGGAGUGAUAUCAACUCAGAUGUUUUUUAAAGUUUUAUACUAGAUAUUGAAUUUCCAUUUUAUUAUGGAAUUUGUGAAUGUCAAAAGUCUAUUUGUCCUUUAAUUAGUAAUGAGUAAUGGCCCAUUUGAAUCUCUGCUGCUAUUGUCAUGUAAUAUGUGGAAAUAUACAACAUAAAUAAAUGUCUUUAUCAGAUUUUCAGUUCAGAUCUCUAAGUUGCAAUAAAAACCCCUAAUAUAUGUA